AUGAUUGACCACAAGCAUGCUAGCUUAAGCCAGAUUGAGGCAGCUUUGUCUAAGAUGACUGUAGAGGAGACUGCUCGCUUAGCUUCUGUCUUCGAGUUUGAAGGUGCCUUGGCCGAAAAAUUCCAAAAUACCAGCUUUGGCUCUCACGUUGUUGACAGUGAUGGUAUGAUCCGCAUUCCAGCCGUUCUCUUCGCUGGCGAUGCAAACAAGGGACUCCCAGGGAUCACCCUUACUCCAACCACUCCCUCUGAACCUAUCACUCCCGGUACGGUAUCAGCGUUGUCAACACCGCCGAAACCUCUAGCAAUGUCCUCUUUACCGCCGUCUUGUCCUCCUCCGCCUCCUAUGCCGGCAGGUUUCGAGUUCAAAAACCAUACCGAACGGUACUUCUUUGCCAUUGCUGCACGCGCGCUCCAGGAGGCAGCAAAGCUCCCCGAACAACCGCCACCAAACGGAUGGCUUCCUAGCCAAAAGUGUCCCAUAUUCUAUUCUUCGAUCCUUGACCAAUUCACUGUCAUAUUCCGCGAACGGCUUCAAAGCCUGGGUCGCUACCAACAGGAUACUUUCAUUGAAGAAUGCCAGCAUCACUACGUCAGCAUUUUCAACAAUAUCCGCUCUAGAUGGCAUUAUGCUCCCUUUGGCUCGAUUGAUGGGUUCAGAACCACUAUCAAUACUCCUAACUGUGCAAUUGCUGCCCAGGCACUGAAGCACACUGUCAGAAAGCCGACCUCGCCUCCGCCGGCUAACUGGAAGAUCAACGAUCCCCUACACACUUACUACGUCAUUAUGCUCGCUAGAUUCCGUAUCCAUUUACGCAAUAUACUAAGCAACUACGACAUUCUUUUGAUCGAUGAACCGAUUGAUGUCCACGAGUCUACUUGCCGAUUUAUCGAGCUGGUUAUCCAGGAGUACCGCCGCAUCUGGAUCACGAACCACGGGCUGGAGUAA